AUGAAACAUAAAAAUCAAAAUAAAAUGGCUAUUGAAGAAUUUGAACAAGAUCCAACAAAUUCUCAAGAAGGUAAUGGAUUAAACAAGACAACAAAUAUUCAAUUAACUAAUGAAGAUAAAGAAAAAGGAAAUUUAAAAAAUUUUAAUAUUUCAAAAAAGACCAUCAAGAAACUUAAAGCUCGUAAUGUUGAGUUUCUCUAUCCAGUUCAAACCGAAAGUUAUACAGGUAUUUAUGAACAAAAAGAUUGUUUAAUUCAAUCAUCUAAUGGAACUGGUAAAACAUUGGCUUUUGUAAUUCCUAUUGUUGAAUUACUUCAACAUGAUAAAUCCGUUGAAUUAGUAUCUGGACGAGCACCACGUGCUCUUAUUUUAGGACCAACACGAGAUAUAACUAAACAAAUCUCAGAUGAUUUUCAAUCAAUUAUAAAUGAUUUAUCAAUUGUAACAAUUUAUAGUGCCAAGAAAAAAUCAGAUGAUCAAGAAACAGCUAUUUCAAAUGGUUGUGAUAUUCUUGUUGCAACACCUGAUCGAUUAAAAGAAUUUAUUGAUAAUGAAAAAAUUGAUUUAUCUCAAAUAAAACAUGUUAUUCUUGAUGAAAUUGAUCGUAUGCUUGAUUCACCUGCAAUCGAUCAUAUAAAAACAAUUUUUAAACAUAUUUUUAAAUCAGAUCAAGAAACAAAAGCACAAUUGAUUGUUUUUUCUGGAACUAUGCCUGAUUCAGUUCGUAAAUUAACAAAAAAAUUCUUAACAACAGAUUAUGUUACAAUUAAUUUGGCCAAAAAAAACACACAAGAAACAUCAGCUGAUGAUGAUGAUGAUGAUGAUGAUGACAAUUCUGAAGAACCUAUUAAUACUUCAUCAAAUAACAAAUCCAAAAUGACAGAUCAAACUCCUCGAUCACUUUUAUCAAAACAGGAAAAUUAUACAACAUAUCAAUUAACAGCAAAUGAUGAAAUAAAAAGUGUCGGAUUUGUAUUUACAAUGUUACGUAAAUGUUUUGGUGAUGAUUUUGAUGCUAAAGGUACUAUUGCACAAGUUGCAUUUACGAAAGAUUUUAAAAGUGCUAUAUUCGAUUUACCAAGUGAACUUGAUGAACAAUUACAAGGUUAUUGGAAAGAUAGUGCAAGAAUACAAAUGGGACCUAUUACAGAAUUACCUGAAAUUGAUGAAUCAUCAAAAGAGGAUUAUACAAAUUAUUCAGGUGGUAAAAAUAAAUCACCAUACGGUGGUGGUGGUGGUGGUGGUAAUCGAAAUUCUGGAAAAUCAAAUGCAUGUUUUAAUUGUCAAAAAGAAGGUCAUAAAUCUUGGGAAUGUCCCGAAUCGAAUGGUACACACUCUCAACGCAAUAGUGGAAAUAAAUUCGGUGGCGGUGGUGGUGGUGGUGGUGGUGGUUGUUUCAAUUGUGGCAAAGAUGGUCAUAAAUCUUUCGAAUGUCCCGAACCAAAAAAAGCCGGUGGUCGUUCAGGAGGUGGUGGAGGUGGUGGAGAACGAUCAAAUGCAUGUUUCAAUUGUGGUAAAGAUGGUCAUAGAUCAUUUGAAUGUUCAGAACCAAAAAAAGCUGGUGGUCGUUCAGGUGGUGGUGGAGAACGAUCAAAUGCAUGCUUCAAUUGUGGUAAAGAUGGUCAUAAAUCAUUUGAAUGUUCAGAACCAAAAAAAUCUGGUGGUCGUUCAGGUGGUGGUGGAGAACGAUCAAAUGCUUGUUUCAAUUGUGGUAAAGAUGGCCAUAGAUCAUUUGAAUGUCCAGAAUCUAAAAAAGGUCGACCAUCAUUUGGUGGCGGUGGUCGUGGUGGAUCUCGUGGUGGUGGUGGUGGUGGUGCAAAACGUAGUUUUGGUACUAAUAAUGAAAACGGUCAUAGUGUUGGUGAAACAACUAACAAAAAGAUCAAAUUUAAUGAUGAUGAUGACGAAUGA